UCUGCUCUGCUCUGGAGCACCGACGGCUAAUAAAGCUGAUCUGUCUGAGUGUCUCCUGCUUCUCUCUCAUCCUGACCUCACUGAGACGAUCUGAGCAGUAAUGCAGUGAUUACAGUCCAGCUGCUGACAUGCAAACGAAGGUUAAUGUUUAUGCUCUCGCAUCUCUAACGCUGAAUCCAUCGCAAGAGGGAGACAGUCGCCUUGGUAACAGCAGGAUCCGUCCAGCCUCAGCACCAGCUGCAGAGCAUCCAUCAGUCCUCCAGUGAUCCUCACUACUGCAACAUAUCAGCAGUCGCCCUCAAAUACCACAUAGGCUAGUUUUCACUAAAUAAAACCUCAGAUGUGGCAGAUCUGAGGUCUGAAAGACUGAGAUGAGACUGUCUGGGCCUUCAGCUCCAGAUGUUCCUCAGUCACGCAUCUGGACUGGAGGAAUAGCAUCCGCAUCUUUCAGGAAUUCUGGAGGACAGUGACGCCAAAUUACAGAAUCAGCCGCUAUUCCGUUCGGUGAGACGGUUUUGUUCAUCCGUCGUGAUUCGUUUUUUUUUUCGCUGUGUGUGUGUGUGUGUGUGUGUGUUUGAUGGCGCCGGUGGGCUGCGAAACGGGCACCGGGUGUGAUGUGAGCGGCUCGGGGAACGGGAGAACAGCAGGGCUGCUGCGGAGCGUCGCUUCUUCGGACCGGAUUCACGAAGCACUCGACGGAUAAAGGCCACCUAUGGAAACUGGAGACCAGAAUUUUAGGAAAAAGGCAAGCGAGUGAUUUCACGUUUCAUUCUUUUAUUCUUUUUCUAAUAGGCUAUCCGCUUUUUUCUUUAAUGAUCGCCAGGAUGGAUUGAUUUCACUCACGCGUCGCAACCCUGAAUGAUUUUCACCCCGAACUGUUUUUGAAUCCAUUCUUGGAAUAUCAGAUUGAAGGAUGCGCGAGCGCGAGCUCCUCUGCUGGACCGGCAGCGGUUCGGAAACCUGAAGCCUUCGGUCUCUCCCUCGUGCCCUCGGUAGACAGCUGGAUCGGAUCGAGAACAGGCCAGAUUGAGUGAAGAUGAGUUUAUCGUUUGCCAGUGUGUCGCUUUCCCCUGACAGCACAUGCACAUCGUCUACUUGACGUCUAGGAGAUGUCUUUAGAGUUAGAAUGUAUGUAAAACUGACAUCUCACAGAUGUUUGUACACAGCAGAUGCUUUCCAGAUCAGAUGUGCUAUCUGGGUCGAGUUCAUCACUUGAUGAGUUGCAUUGGUGUUUAAGUGUGUCUUCCUUCUCCUUCAGUUCACAAACCCUCGAGGGCCCUCGCCCCGCUUCUUCUUAUUUUUCGUCCCCUUAAAUCCACAAAUAUUUAUUUCCUAUACAUCAAGAGGAAAGGGGGCUCCCCUUUCGUGGAAUGCGGCAACAUGGGUGUGUUUGAGCGCAGUGUCCAGAUGCUGCUGACCACGGUGGGUGCCUUCGCCGCCUUCAGCCUGAUGACCAUCGCUGUGGGGACGGACUACUGGCUCUACUCGCGUGGGGUCUGCAAAAUAAAGACUACUAACGAGAACGAGACCAGCAAGAAGAACGAGGAGGUGAUGACCCAUUCUGGCCUGUGGAGGACCUGCUGUCUGGAAGGUAAUUUUAAAGGCAUGUGUAAACACAUCGAUCACUUUCCUGAAGAUGCCGACUAUGAAGCCGAUGCAUCAGAGUAUUUCCUGCGUGCGGUUCGUGCCUCCAGUAUUUUCCCCAUCCUCAGUGUCAUCCUGCUGUUCAUGGGUGGCCUCUGUGUCGCCGCCAGUGAGUUCGACAAGACUCGACACAACAUCAUCCUCAGCGCGGGAAUCUUCUUCGUAUCCGCAGGUCUGAGUAACAUCAUCGGGAUAAUCGUUUACAUAUCAGCCAACGCAGGCGACCCGUCCAAGAGCGACUCGAAGAAGAACAGCUACUCGUACGGCUGGAGCUUUUACUUCAGCGCGCUGUCCUUCAUCAUGGCGGAGAUGGUGGGCGUUCUGGCCGUUCACAUGUUCAUCGACCGGCACCGGGAGCUACGCGUGGCUCGCGCUCGGACCGGCGGAGGAGGAGACUAUCUGCAGGGAUCCGCCAUCAGCAGAAUCCCCAGCUACCGCUACCGUUACCGGCACAGCUCGCGCUCCUCCAGCCGCUCCACCGAGCCCUCGCACUCGCGCGACGCUUCACCCGUGGGACUCAAGGCGUUCGGAGCACUGCCCUCCACCGAUAUCUCCAUGUACGCGCUGAAGACUCCACACGGCACGCCACCGAUGUACGACUCCGAGAGAGAGCCGGACUUCCUACAGGUGCACAACUGCAUCCAGAAAGACUCCAAGGACGCCAAUCGUCGCACCACACCUGUAUGAGACACAGCGCCCCCUGCAGGUGAUGAUGAUCUGAUGAUGACGACGAGUUUACAUGUUCCGAGUCUCAAAAAAGAAACGUGAAAUGCAUGAUUUUCUUAUCUUCCGUAAACUAACACGUUUUCAACCGCGUGAGGAAUCGGAGCGACAGCGUUUGGACAGAGCUCUUGAAAUCUCUUUUCUUCAUGUUUGUUUCAUUUUGUUGCGCAUAAAUACUGUGAAUCUUCGUGGCCGCUGUGAACCCAGGGAAUAGAAAACGAUCCCACUAACUGGCCGCGAUUUAUAUGUCAUUAUAAACAUAUUAAUGAUACAUGACUAUAUAAAUAUAUAUGAAAAGAUACAUACAUGAAUAUAUGAACAUUGUUAAUAAGCCACACAUAGACUUCUUGAUUCAAGAAGACGCAAAAAACAA